CGCUGAGCCAGAGUAACACCAAGUCACCUGUUUGCCCGGUUUGAUUUCAACUGACUAAGCGUUUCCGGUCCUAACAAGUCGAUUUUUAGUGUCAAAAUUGAAAAUAACAGCUCUUUGCCAGUUUUAAAAGAAAAGUUAUUGGCACGACUUUGAUUGUUUUUUGCUUUCCUUCUCUAUGUCUUCGCCAUUGGCCGUUCAAGGCCGGGCAACGCACGCAGACGAACUGUCCGAUCUACAUAUGUACUUUUACGAGAGACCGAAGAGAGUACGAGCUAGAAAGAGUUAUCGUGAGUAUAUUUCUGAUGAAGAAAACGAGGAGUUUGUUGUUACAAGAGAAGAUGACGAUGAUGUCAUGAAGAAGAAAAAACCAAAAGGUUUCAAGCGAAAGGAAGGCGGAGGGUGCUCAGCGCAGGAAAAGAAACAGCAACAGCUGUCAUUCACUAUAACAUGGUUGGGUGAGAACUAUGAACUAAAAGAGGGAAUGUGUCUUCCGCGAUGUGUGAUGUACACUCACUACUUGGAUUUCUGUAAAAAGAACAAACUAUGUCCAUCUGGACCGGCAACAUUUGGAAAGGUGAUACGACAAAAGUUUCCCAAACUAACCACAAGAAGGCUGGGAACUCGUGGCCAAUCAAAAUAUCAUUAUUAUGGAAUACGAGUCAAGGAAACCUCACAAUAUUUCCAUGCUGGGUACUCGAAACAAGGUCUAUCAAGAUUCUCAACGAUGAAGGUGAAAGGCGAGGGAGGAACCAAGAAGUUUUCUCUCAACACAAAAGCGCGUACUCUCCUACCUGAUUUUCCUAACGCUAAACGACUUAACCUGCCCAAAGGGGUUUCACAACAGAAGGUCGAGACAUUUAUCAUGAUGUACAGAACUCACUGUCAAAGACUYCUUGAUACAGUUAUCAGCGCCAACUUUGAUGGGAUCAAUACUUUUAUCUUACACUUUUGGCAAGGCAUGCCGGGUCACAUGAUCACAGUGCUACAGAAUAAUGUAGUGGUAGAUGUUAUUGCUAUCUGUGAUUCUAUAUUGUACAAGGUGCUGAUAGACGUACUWAUACCAUCAACAAUACAAGAUCUACCAGACAGUCUYAGAGAAGAAAUUCGAGAGUUUGCCAAUAACCUUCAAGUUUGGUUACGAGAAUCAUUAGCAGAAGUACCAGCUGCCGUUAGAGAUGCAAAACUUAAAGUGGCAGAGAAAUUCAGCAGUGCUUUAAAAAGACARGUGUCAUUYGUYCACUUGGCACAGACKGCUCGCUCUGUGUUGCUUAGUUACGACUCCGUUUCCCGGAUGAUCGGUGAUCUGCGCAAAAUCGACUUCAAUCUCAUUCUCAGCAAGGCCAUGUUUUUAAUGGCAAGCAAUGAUAUACCCUCUAAGACAAAAGCCUUUGUUCAUGAGUUUGAUGGUCUUCUCAGCAAGCAGGCACCAUUAGAGGCAUAUACUGAGUGGUUGGAUACUGUUGUCGACCGAUGUGUGUUAAAGGACAUCACCGACGAAGACGACAAGAUUUUUGAUAAAAAAGCYACCAAGUUUCUUGGUUUAUGGUCAUUUAUCACUUCAAAUCUUCUCGAAGACCUCACUUUACGAAGCGCGCCAAGUUUUGGUGUUUUUCAUCUUAUCCACGCGACAUUUCAAGAAUACAUCCUUCUUAUCGUCGAGAAUCAGAAGAUGCAAGUGUCUGAUAAACAGCUUCAAAAGGCUUUAGAGGAACAUGUCAAAGACGGAUACAUUGAGGAGAGCAUUGAACACUGGGUAGAUGUUGACAGCGCAGAGCCUAAUAAAAGACUGGAAGACCACGUGAUCAAUGACGMAAUGACYCCAGAUAAAACUGGAAACGACUCCAACAACAACAAAGCGAGCAGAAUUCUUCACAAAACUCCAUCAAAAAGAGUAAAGACCACUAAAKCACAAUCUAAUAUCAAACCGGUCCACCGUCCAGCUAUCGUCAGUAAUCCGCAAAAUCCAGAGUCCAUGCGCCAGUCUGUCAUUUCAUCACAYACCAUGUCUAACAUAGAUACAACUACCCAACAUCCUCUGCAAACUUCGGUUGCCAACGUUACAAGGAACGGCAUGCAACAGUACAUGUACCCAGACGAUAUAUCCCGUAAUGCACCGCCGACUGAGUUGUCCGGGUUCCAUAGCCAGGAUUUUAUAAAUGCUUUCGAUAAAAGCUUUUUUAACCCCGUCACCGUACCAAAUACGGAAUAUCUAGGGUCACCAUGGAUACCUGAUAACCAAUCRCUGACCGUGCUUAAUAAYGUCACCUACGAUCAAGCGACUACUAAUGGAAAUCUAGAAUUGGGAUUCCACAGGAAUGUGGACUAUGGAACAUACAACUAUAMCAGUGACAUGGCUAUCACUAACAAUGCGAUCCAUCCUUAUGACAUCCAGACUCCAUUAAACCACCGAUCCGAUAUUUCCUAUAACCAACAAGUUAAGGAUAUGGAUUAUUCGAACUAUUCCAAUGCAAUAUCAAGGUAUAAUAGCUURUAUUACGAUAAUAUGCGAACUAAUACACCAACUGUCACAUCCGAUAUCUUAAAUUAUGGCAUGGGACCAAAUAACGGUGCACCAAUGGACAUCGAUGGAAUGUUGGCCCAUGAGGCACAAAUAAGCAGGUUGGGYAUUGGAGCUGUACAAUAAACAURRUUCAUCYAAUGGGCUUCCUGUGUUGAUUUGARGAAAUGUUAUGUUGGGAUGCCUGUGYCAAUGCAAAAAAUGAAACACUCAGAUACGUAAAAAAGCAAUGGAAUCAGYCAUCGGRCUUCCUGUGGCRRCGUUGUGGUCGCAAAAAUACAGUGCUGGGCGACAUAUGAAAUGUUGAACUUCCUCGAAACGGAGUUUAUACAGGACAUGAUAUAUUUGUCAAGGUUGGGCUGCMUGUCUAUUGGUCGGGCUUCCUGUGSUAACAUUAUUUUUYGAUUUCRUUGAAAACAAAUACAAUUAUAAGAAUAUCUUAACCGAAGAUAUUCUGCAAUUUAGUUAUCCAAAUUUAUUAGAGUAAAAUAUCCAAAAAGUUCUCUUUCAUUUAAUCAUUUUAUUUUAUAAAAUUUUACACUAAUUUCUUUGCUUUKCUGAGCCAAAAGUAAAAUAUGACACCCAAUAAAACUGAAUAUUACGAAAAAAAAAUCAAUGAAAGUUCCAGCUUGUUUCCCAUAAUAGAAAAUUUAAAAAUGUAGAACAUUUACUUGAAACAUAAACUUCGUGUGUUGUUCGGAGAGACGAAAACCAUCCGAAGACUACAUACACUUUUUCCGACUUUCUCCGAGAAAUAAACGAUAAACUUGUUUGAUAUCACAUUGMAAAUAAUUUUUGCAUCAUUAGAAACAUGAAAAGCAAUUUAUGCUUUGUUUUCUCUUAGUUUUAAUAAAAGUUGUGCUAAGUUAGACAUAUAUGCUYAAUACAAAUAAAUGAUCAGUUUGUGAAACUGUUUCGUGUCAUUUUGAUCAAUUAAUGGCUA